CUCAUAUUUCUACCAUCAGGGUCACGGUUUAUACAGUCAUUUUGAUGAAUACAGAAUUUAUCACAUCUUUUGAAGUCAGCGACAUCAUUUAAGUAUAGUGGCUCAAGGAUCUAAUACAUACUGUUGUAUGAAAUCAACCUUUUUUAUUAAGAGCGGAUAUCACUUGAAUUAUGUGGAUACUUUUACUGUAUCACUUCUAGUGGGCAAUUUUUUAAUGCAUUACUACUAGUGAAUCGUCAUUAUAUUGCGUUUUGUUUUCAGCAUUCUAUCUCCAGCCACUUUUUAUGAUCUCCCUGAUGAAUUAAUCCUUCGAGUUUUUACUUAUUUACCACAAAUUGACCUGAUAAAAUGUAUUUCAAGUUACACGUAUUAUCUCGAAGUUCAUACUUGUGGAAACACUUAGACUUCCGCAAUUUUGAGGUAGAACCGAAAGAUUUGCGUCAUUUUUCAAAACAGAAACUGGUUGGACGACAAACUUGUAGCGUUAAAAUUGAGUUUAAUCCGAGAUCCAAAAACAUUGAAGCAGGAUUGGCACCAGUGUUUAAAAUUUGUGGUGUUUUGACUCAUAUAUUGAUUCGGGGUGGAAGUAUUCAUAACUUUCAAAAUUUUAUCAGAUUAUUUUCUGAUUAUCUUGAAAAACUUGAAUUAAUUGAGACUGUUGCUAAAAACAGGUUAGUUGGUCCUGAAUCUCUGCCCAGUGUUCCAAGAUUUUCGUUAAAGUAUCUCAAGUUAUCUGAUAGUAGCUGGCUAUAUGACGUACACUUAUCGGCACUGAUUGGUUUAAAUGCUUCAAAAACUCUGAAAUAUCUAAAUGUAUCGAAGUGUUAUCGUUUAUUUCUUGGUCCUCCAGCAUCCUGUCCACUGAACGUGCGUUUUGAAAAGAUGUCAGCCUUUCUUAAGCAGACUUGUCCGCACCUCGAAGAGUUGAACUUAUCUUCAGUUUUUAUGUCACAUAACAUCCAAGUGCCUGUAACAACAGCAUUGUUAAGUAUGAUACCUGAUACUCUUCCUUACCUUCAUACUUUGAAUCUGUCAGAAAAUCCAAUGAUUACUUCGUCUCUUUUAAAUCAGUUAUACGAAAGUCAAAAUCUAAGCUCAGCACUUCAAAGCUUCAUUACCUCGUUUUUUAAUAAAAUUCAUAAAUAUAAAGUUUUUUUGUAUAUAUAUGACUGGCCACAUAAAUUAACUAUGAGUUUAUUUUCUGCAUGUGCUCUUACUGUACCUGAUGGCAGUACAGUAUAUUUGUAUGUUAAUGAUGCUCCUGAAUGUAUAGAAGAAAAUUCGAAAUGUAAACUUAUAUCUUCAGUAACAAAUGACAUUUGUUUUGGCUAAACGAUCUUUGUAUAUAUUCUGUUCAUAUGAUUUAUAUAGAUA